UCUUUCUUGCUUUCUGUUGUGGAUUUUAUCAUGCACUUAUUUCAGUAGGUUUGAGAAGGACUGUGAUGAAUAAUUUACUGCAGUGUCUGGCCUCUCCCUUUCAGUCAGCUGGGCUUCUAUGAUACACACACGCAUGCAAAAACACACAUGAGUGAAACGGACGCCGUGUAGAUACAGAAUCACUAAUAUCUCAUCACCCUGCAUGCAUUUCUUCACUUGUGUGAAACGACAGUGUGCGUGUGUAGAGAGUGUGUAUCGGGGUGGAUGUGCACAUAGGGAAAGGUGUGUCCUGGCCCCCGGCCCCCUCUGUGGAUGUCUGUUACCAUGGCAAAGUUUGAGACAGGCCGCACAAGCCCAGUGGUCCGGCAAAUAGACAAGCAGUUCCUGGUGUGCAGCAUCUGUCUGGACCACUACCACAACCCCAAAGUCCUGCCCUGCCUACACACCUUCUGCGAAAGGUGCUUACAGAACUACAUUCCUCCUCAGUCCCUAACGCUGUCCUGCCCGGUGUGCAGACAGACCUCCAUCUUGCCGGAGAAAGGUGUGGCGGCACUGCAGAACAACUUCUUCAUCACAAACCUUAUGGAGGUGCUGCAGAGAGAUCCAGAAUGUUCUCGGCCAGAGGCCUGCAGCGUGUUGGAGUCCGUCAGUGCUGCAGCCGCUGGGAUACCGCUCUCCUGCCCCAAUCACGAGGGCAAGGUGAUGGAGUUUUACUGCGAGUCGUGUGAGACAGCCAUGUGCCUGGACUGCACGGAGGGAGAACACCGGGAGCAUGUGACCGUUCCACUGCUGGAUGUUUUGGAACAGCACAAAGCAGUGCUGAAGAACCAGCUGGAUGCCAUACGUAACAGGCUGCCCCAGCUAACAGCAGCCAUUGAGCUGGUGAAUGAGAUCUCUAAACAGCUGAUAGAGAGGAAGAACGAUGCCGUCAAUGAGAUCAAUGUGACAUUUGAGGAGCUGGAGAGAGCACUACACCAACGCAAAGCUGCACUCAUCACAGACCUGGAGAACAUCUGCAGCACCAAGCAGAAGGUUUUGCAGGCGCAGUUAUCCUCCCUUCUGCAGGGAAAGGAGCACAUCCAGAGCAGCUGCAGUUUCACCGAGCAAGCCAUGAACCAUGGCAGCGCCACCGAAGUCCUGCUGGUCCAAAAACAGAUGAGUGAGCGUGUUGGCGCCCUCGCCUGCCACGACUUCCCUGAAUGGCCUCACGAGAACGCCCACUUGGACUGCCAGAUAGAAACAGAAGGUCUACGACGCUCCAUUCAGAACCUGGGCGUGCUGUUGACGACGGGUGCUGUGGGACACACGAGUGUAGCCACGGGCGAAGGGCUCAGACAUGCCCUGGUGGGUCAACACGUGACCGUAACUGUUACCACGAAGGAUAAGGACAGCGAACUUGUGCGAAAUGGUAACGCGGUGCUCCGAGCAGAGAUAACGGGGCAAGACGGAGUGCGGGUGACGGAAGUAGAGGUUGUGGACAAUAAAAAUGGAACUUAUGAGGUAGGGUACACACUUAAAAGUGAAGGAGAGUUCUCGUUUUCUCUGAUGCUCUACGGACAGCCUGUGAGGGGCAGUCCGUUCAGGCUGCGGGCGAUAAAGCCGUCCGAUGUGCCUCAGUCUCCGGACGAUGUGAAGAGGAGGGUAAAAUCACCCAGCGGGACAGGAGGGCACAUCAGGCAGAAAGCAGUGCGGAGACCCAACAGCAUGUACAGCACCACUAAGAAGAAGGAAAAUCCUAUUGAAGAUGAGCUGAUUUACAGAGUAGGCUCUCGGGGAAGGGAGAAGGGAGAGUUCACUAAUCUACAAGGCAUCUCUGCCUCCACCAGCGGGAGGGUUAUUGUAGCAGACAGCAACAACCAGUGUAUACAGGUGUUUACAAAUGAUGGCCUGUUCAAAGCACGCUUUGGGGUUAGAGGUCGCUCACCGGGUCAGCUGCAGAGGCCAACAGGAGUGGCAGUUGACACAAAUGGAGACAUUAUAGUAGCUGAUUAUGAUAACAGAUGGAUCAGCAUCUUCUCUCCUGAUGGGAAAUUCAAGAAUAAGAUUGGAGCUGGCCGUUUGAUGGGACCUAAGGGUGUGGCUGUGGACAGGAAUGGUCAUAUCAUUGCAGUAGAUAACAAAGCCUGCUGUGUUUUCAUCUUUCAAUCCAACGGCAAACUAGUGACCAAGUUCGGAGCCAGAGGCACUGCAGACAGACAGUUUGCAGAAAAAAGUGGUGCAAAGUUUGCACUGGAGCAAAAGUUUAGUAAAUCUGGUCCUGUUUUCAGUCCACACUUUGUUGCUGUCAACAACAAGAAUGAAAUAGUGGUGACGGACUUCCAUAACCACUCUGUUAAGGUCUACAGUGCAGAUGGGGAGUUUUUGUUUAAAUUUGGCUCCCAUGGAGAGGGAAAUGGCCAGUUUAAUGCUCCCACAGGGGUAGCUGUUGAUGUUAAUGGCAACAUCAUCGUAGCAGACUGGGGCAACAGCAGAAUACAGGUGUUUGACAGCUCAGGCUCAUUUCUCUCCUACAUCAACACAAGUGCUGAUCCCCUGUAUGGCCCGCAGGGUCUUGCAUUAACCUCUGAUGGGCAUGUUGUGGUGGCUGACUCUGGUAACCAUUGCUUCAAAGUCUAUCGGUACCUGCAGUAAUGCACGGGUAAUGCACAGGGCCUUCUCCACCUCAAGCCCUUCCACAGGGUGCCACAGCCUCUCCAACGAUUUCAUCAAUGUUUGGAAACUUUUAUCAGCAAAGUCCUCCACCAAACCUGAGAGGAUGAAUCAAAUGAACAAAAGCACUUUUCUUUUCUCUUCUAUUAAAUUUCAUGUUUAAAAAAGGACUACUGCUCUACUAAACCAGGAAUGUAGAUUGUAAAUAACAGAAACCAUAUCAAUAAGCACAGAUUCUUACUGGACAUCAAUAUGUAAGUACAAGUUGUGUAUAAAUAAAAAAAAUAUAUAUAUAGCAAAACAUUUUAUCCAUGUUCUUUAACCCUUCCAGAAAAGUCAGGAAACUUUAUUUUCAAGAUUAUGAAAUUGGAGCCAAAACCAUCAAAUCAGUUCCUCCUCAGUGAUGCUGAGUAAAAAGAAAUAAAAAUAAUCUUAAUGGUUGAGUAGUGAUUAUUUGUCUUGUUUUCCAGUAAACAAUAUCUAAAAAUCCUAAGAUAAACUGUAUGUACUUUUGUAGAGAAUAAGACUUGUUUUCAGAGAAUUAUACACCGAUCAGCCACAACAUUAAAACCACCUGCCUAAUAUUGUGUAGGUCCCCCUCGUUCCACCUAAACAGCACCAACUAGGGAUGGGCGGAUCGAUCCUAAAGGAUUGAUACUUCCGAUACUGAUGUUGUAUCAAAAAUAUAGAUCCUCACAAAAAAUAUCGAUUCUAACAUUUUUGUUUUUUAACAAGGGAUAUUAUUAUUUGACCAUGAACAAUAAUCAGAAGCGUCAAAGUGAAAUAUAAAGGAUUAGGCUAUAUUAGCAAAUACUUGUGACGGAUGGGAACUAUUUCUUUUUUUUCCCUUUUUUUUGCCAAUGCAAAAUGUAGGAUGUAGGCAUGGGCAGGGGUGGGCUGAGCCCACCCAAACGUGAGCCUUGCCCAUCCAAUCAAAUAUUUUGGAAACAUGGUUUAUAUAAAUGAAUAUAUAUAUAUAUAUAUAAGAUUCUGUCCUGUCCUGUAUCAGGCUUCUCUUUUUUUUUUUUUUUUUUUUUUUUUAUACAAUUCCCACCCGGAAAAAAAACAAACGCAUAUUGUUAUAACUCUAACGUUGCCAAAUAUCUGAUUGACCUUUGGUUGGUUUCUUUAAUAAAGCGUUAACAUCCAUAGCACUUUCCACCGCAUGGAGCACAAGGGAUAAUUUGCAUGAAUUAGCCACCAACACCGUGCCUGUUUUGUUGGUCUUGCGCAAUACACGAAUAACAUUCUGUACCUUAAAUACAUUAAAUAAAUUUGAGGAACAUCUAUUUUGUUAUUUAGAUAUUUAUAUUUUGCGGGAGUCGCACGAGUCAUUUCUUUCUCCCGCUCCCACGCACACAUCAUCCUGCGCCGCACUCUGUUGCGCCGCGUCCCAUUGAUUCCGCGGCCAAUAUUAGCUGAUAGUACUGUACUUGAUCAUGACUCAUAGCUGGAUACAGUGUUUUGUAGGACAUGUGCUUCUGUUUCCCCUGUUGUUAAUUCAGUGUCGAUGAGAGAUGCUGUCUGUCUCCUUGUGUCUUACAUCUCUUUUGUAUACACAUUUUUACAAUGCUGUGAUGAGUUUUUUGUUUAUUGUUUGUCAUUGCGCUUUAAACUACUCUGUUUGCCAUGAAAAUAACCUUUGGUGCUUACAUGGCAUUACUUUCCAUUCAUCCAUCCAUCCAUCCAAAUUCCUGUGUUCGCUAAAUUACUUUACACAUAUAGUUUCACUGGUAAAAAUAUCAGUACCCUUUGCUACCCUACAAAGGCCAUACUCAUUAACUAACAUUGAAACUGAGAAAAAUUGCUUGAAUUAUUCUGAUGUGGAUUUUGUUGUUACUGCAUUUUCACACAAUAGUUUCUCUGAAUUUCAGCAUGUGAGACAAACUCGUCUGUCACCGGACAAAUCAUAAGAGACCUGUUUCAUUCAUAACUCUAUUUUGUGUUUUGCCUUUGUAGGGCAGUAUCAUUGCUUAUUACAUUUCUGUCAAACAGAAAGAAUUUUCAUCAUUUAAUAUUAUAUAAUUACUUCUUUAAGCAGUUCCUAUCUGUCAAAUUUUAGGUUCUUAAUCUUGAUCUCUCCAUCUAAUAUAUUUCCUUUCACUCCAUCAUUAUUUUCCUUCUUGAUAUUAUUUCUCUCCACUCCAUCCUUGCAUUCGUGGGGACUCUAAUUUGUCUUUGUAAUUUGCUUUAAGGCUGUAAUUCUAAUUACUCUAAAAGUGUAAAGUUGUCAGGGCCGACUUCAGUCUUAUGAUUAUAUGCAAUAAUUCAUAUAUUCAUAAGUGUAAAAUAUAGUUAUAUUGGGCCUUGAGAUCUUGACAGUUACGCCAUGUUACGCCAGUUAAAGUCAUUAAAUUAGUAGUCUGAGUAAAGUAGUCAGUUCGAACUUCUCUAUUGACCUCUCUCAUCAACAAGGCAUUUCUGUCCACAGAACUGCCCCUCACUGGAUGUUUUUUGUUUUUGGCACCAUUCGGAGUAAAUUCUAGAGACUGUUGUGUGUGAAAAUCCCAGGAGAUCAGCAGUUACAGAAAUACUCAAACCAGCCUGUCUGGCACCAACAAUCAUCCAUGAGAUUAUCUAAUCAACCAAUCGUGUGGCUGCAGUGCAUAAAAUCAGCAGAUACAGGUCAGGAGCUUCAGUUAAUGUUCACAUCAACCAUCAGAACAGGGAAAAAUGUGAUCUCAGUGAUUUGGACCGUGGCAUGAUUGUUGGUGCCAGAUGGGCUGGUUUGAGUAUUUCUGUAACUGCUGAUCUCCUGGGAUUUUCACACACA